AUGGAGGUUGACAACAAGUUCACGGUAUCUAUGGCAGAUUCAACUAUGAUGUGCAUUUUGCAUUCAGCAAUGAACAAGGCACACGCAAAAGUUCAGUCGAAGCAUGGGAUAGUUGAAAGAUUAAAUGAGCAAUCCAAGUUCUAUGAAUUAGCCAUCAUGCAAUUAGAAGCUUGCCUAAAGUUCGUCCAAGAGGAAACAGGUAAUUACAUACUUGAAACUACACAUGAGAGACUUUUAUUUGACUUAUUAGAAAUGAAGGAUAAACUUGAAGACAGGUUGAAAGAAACUGAGCUAGCAAUAGCUGAAAAAGAUAAUGAAUUGAUUGAAAGGUCCGCAAAUGAGACUAGAUUGCAACAAAUAUUGAAAGCUAAAGAAAAGGAGUUACAACAGUACCAAAAAAGUGACAAUAGCAAAAUUUAUGAAAACAUUAGUGAAUUAAAGUAUAGAAUGGAUCAACAUGUUUGGAAUAUAAAACAACACUUAGAAGGUGAAAGAAUUCCAAAAACUGCAAGGUUGGGACUAGACUCUUCCCCAUUUAAGAUUGUUGAAAAUAUAGAGCUUGAUAAAGAUAUUAAGUCUCAAACUGGAGCCUAUAGAGAAAACGAUUAUGUAAAGGAGAUAGAUAAUAAUUUUGAAUGUACAUGUGAAUUUCUCACGAGUUUUGGUCAUAUGGGAAUAGAGAUUGAUAGUUUAAAGAAAACUUUGGACACAACUUUUGAAAUGAUUUCAAGGUAUGAUGAUAACCCUUUAGAACAACAGUGGUUACGUAUGAUAGAAAAAGAUAUACUCACAAUCUUCUUGAAAGAGUUUGUGGAAAUUGUAAACAACGAGUUACAAGUUAAAAAUAAUAUUGGAAAUAACCAUUUGGUUUCAGCUAGACCUCUAUAUGUUCAAACAUGGUCAAAUUUUAUUCACGAUGUGACCUUAUUACGAGAUGUUUUGGAAAAGGUGAAAUUUUCAUACGAGGAAAGAAAAAAAGAUAUAAAAAUUCAUGACUCACAUAAGGAGAUCAUUAUACAUGAUGACAAAUUAUGGCAGCAUGUUCAUGAGGACUCUGAAAAAGAAAAAAGUGAUACUGAGAAGACUAAACCUUGUUUUUUGUAUGAAUAUGAAACUAUAAUAAAGUACAUUCCUAAGAAUAUUUUACGAAAAAUGGAUGAAAUUAUUACUUGGGUGAUUAGUUUGGACUCUAGCUUUAGCAAUAAUUGUGUGAAUCAUGAAAAAUCAAAAUGUUCAACAAGGGACAAAAAAAAUGCAAAAGAUCCUAAUCAUAAAGACCUUAUAGCUAGAUAUCAUUAUGAAGUUGAACAACAUAUGAAAAAAUUGAACUUACAAUAUUUGGUAGCCAAUAAUUCAAAAUAUUUGACACAUGAUUAUGAUAUAAGAUUAGAUGAAUAUGUGGUACAAAACUUAAUUAAAGAAGAUGUACAUACGAAAUUUCUCAAGGAAUCAAUUGAGGAAAUGAGACAUAACAAAGAAAAAAAUUCUAUUGAAUUAAGUAAUCAUCUUGAAGAGUGGAAGAGUGGUGUACUAAGAAAUGAGAAUAGUCACUUGAAAUUAACUUGCAUCGAAGUUAUUGGUGAUCAUAGUGAUAAAAUUUAUGAUGGGCUAAAGAUAGAUAAAGAUGUCCCGUCUAUGGAAUUUAACUCUACGUUAGAAAAAGCUCUACGACAAUUGGAUGAAUUCAAAGAAAAAUUGAGAGAAAUAAGAAGUGAUGACAUAAUAAAAAGAGAACAAAUUGAUUUUGAAAAAGUUGAAGAAGAGGUGAAAUACGCUUUACCAUGUUUUAGACUAGCUCAUGUGGAUUCUUCAUGCAAUCCAAGAUUUUACACCAAGGAUAAUAAAUCGUCUCCACAUACGGUCCUGAAUGAAAACAAUGAGGAUUUUUUAUGUGCUCAAGUGUUUUAUGAUGUAGUAGAUAACUUUAGGAUUAUGUUGCAAGAAAAGUUAGCUCAAAGUUAUUUGAGGUUGGAGAAAUUGAAUGACCAUGUUAAGAUUUUAACUCAUGAAAUCAUGUAUAUUAAGAGAGAACAAAUUACAUACAAGACUGCUUUUAUACAAAGAUGCCAAAACCUUCAAAAGGCUGAAAUUGAGGUAGAUAUUCUCGGAGAUACUGUGGAAUCAUUCACAACUUUACUUCAAAGAAUAUAUUCAACAUUGAAUCACUACUCAAUAGUACUACAAAAUUUUCCAGAGGUAACUUAUGUAUAUGAAAGAUUAUGCACAUUUUAG